CUGCUGGAAGGGCAGGGCGAGGGCUGUGCUCCCGGCAAAGCCGUGAGCGCCAUUUCUUGGCGUCGUGGGCAUCUCUCCGUGGCGGCGUGGGAGGAAGCAGAGGGUCUGGUAUCCCUGUGUGACAGGAGCACCUCAAGGGGUCGAGAUGCCAAAGCAAAAUGUCUUCAAAUUAACAGUACUUCCAGAUAAAUUAGGUGUGUGUGGGGCAAGGGGAAGAAGGGGUCUAUAAAUACUCAGAUUUAUAAAGUGUGCCCUGGGUCACAGCACCUGUUUAACACUAGCAUCCUCUCUGUGCAUUUAAAAAAUCUUAUGAGGAUGGAGUGUUUGCUUCUGGAGUACCUCCAGCCUGGUGUUCCCCCGUGCCCACUUCACCUGUCUGCUGCUCGGGUGGGUCCCAGCCCAGUGCUACUGCCCACCCUGGCAAUGCCUGCUUGGGGUGGCUUGGACCCCUCCUGUUGUGUGCCAUGUGCUGGCACCCUGGGGGCUGCUGCUAAAGCCUCCCAGCAGCCUGUGAGGCACAAGGCUGCCAGUUCAGAAGGAGCUUUUUUUGGGAACCCUUUGUCAGGCAGUGAGCUGGUCUCAGGGAAGAGGGGGACCCUGGGAAUGUGGCAUUUCAGGUUCCUGGUCUGCAGUUGCUCCUUUCCUUGCAUCAUCCUCCAUCAGUCCUUCCUCCUUCUCGACCUGUGCUGGGCCUGGUGGUGCUGGUGGUGGCCCCAGGCUUGGUGGUGGCCCUGGUCCCAGCAGUGGUGGCCAUGGUCCUGGCCCUGGUGACCUGCCAACACGGUACAUCCAUUUGCACUGCUCACCUGGCCUGUGGGCUCGAGGUGUUCAGCAGCAGCUGCUCUGCCACAGUGCUGUUGCUGCAUGUUAAUUCUCAUUAAGUCCAGGGAGCCUAAUUGCCAUUUCAUGUAAAUAUUUUGCCAAAUGAAAGGGGCUUCAGGAAGGGUGGCGUGGGCAGAGGUGAGGAGCCAGGCACAGUGACAGGCUCCAGCCCUUGCUGCCCAGACAAGGGUGUCAGCUGUGUCCCCGUGGAGCUGCCCCGUGUCUCCUGCAGGCAGUCAGGGCGUGGAUGGGACUGGCUGCUGGAGGUCCCUGUGUCCCUGUUUGUGCUGGAUGAUGGGGACAGGGGAUGGCUGCAAGGAGGUGCCAUCACGUGGAGAGCACCAGGGCUCCUUUCCCUGCCCAUGUGGCUCGAGGGCAGAGGAGAAGGGGUGACACAGGCGGCUGUGGAACAUCCCCAGGUGCUGGCCCAGCUGCUGUCCUGUUCUGCGCAGUGCUGGCAGCUCUGGCCAGAGGCUGGCAGAUCCCCAGGCCCUUCCUGUUCCCCCACAGUGGGUCAGGAACACUUAUGGGGUGGUUUUUUUCCCUGGAUCCCAUUACACUUCCAUGUGCUUUCCCUCCGUUCCUGCUUCCCUCCUGCUGCCACAGCUGCUGUCUCAGAUACUGGCUGUGGUUCAGUGCAGUCCCCUCCUCACCUGGUGAGGUCAUACCUGGGUGCUCCAUCUUUAGGAAUUCAGAGCAGCCACUCAGAGUGUCUCCAGUGACCUCUGAGAGCUGCUGGAGGAGGAGGAGGAGGGAGCAGGGAAAGAUGGAGAGGUUUAAGAAGUGCCAAGGAGGCUGGUCAGUCCCUUCUCGCUGUCCUGGUCCAUGCCCUAAGUUGGGGCCAUCCCCGUGGCCAAGGUUCUGGGGACAUGGGACCUUCCUUGCUGCACAGAUGUUCUUUGUCACACAGCAGCUCAGAUCUGUCAAUGCCUUCAUCUAAUUGCUUGAUGUCUUUGAAUAACUACUAAUGAGCUUUUAAUUAAUGAAUGCCUGGGCUUGGGGGCAUUUUGGAGUGGGUGGGAGGAGAGGAUUAGGUUGGUACCGCUGUCCCUGGCAGCUGGUGGGCUGCCAGCACUGCACUCACAGGAUGACCCCAGGGAGGCCGGAGCACCUGAUCUCCCUGGUCCAGCCUCGAUGGCCCUCGUGGCAGAGGUCAUGUCUGCCUGAUCUGCAGCCCUCCUUGGCAACUCUCAUGAGUGUCAGCAUCUGGCUUUGCCACGUGGGAGAGUGCUGCAGGGACCCCGGGGUCCUACUAAACACUGGAGCCCCUGGGACACGCAGUGCCCCCAUGGCUGUGCACUGUGCCCCCAUGGCAGGUCCCGGGCACCGCACUGUCCCCUCUGCUGGGAGAGGAUCCGCAGGGCUCCCAGGGUCGGAAUCUGGGCAUGGAGCUGGGCCAGGUCUGGGCUGGCAGCAGCUCUGACAGGUGCUCAGUGCUCGGUGCAGCCCCGUGCAGGGCUCUUGGCACCUGGAUGUGCCGCAGCCGUGCCACCGCGUGCUCAGCAGGGCUGGGGCACGGGGCUCCAGGCAGACCCCUGGGCCUCGUUCCUCAUGGAUACAUUUCCCAGAUGGAGGAGGCCUGAACUUUUCUGGCAUUUCCCAAGGAGAGGGUGGCACCUCACUGCUGCCUCAGGCACCUCCCAGCAGCUCUGCACUGUGCAGCGGGUCCCUCCCGGUGCCUGGAGCAGUCAGAUGUGCUGCACUGUCCCUGGCAAGUUCUCUCAGUGCUUUGGGGGUACAUGCCCACCAGUGCUCCCAGUGCAGACUCUGUCCCUUGGCUCCAGCACCCAAACAGUGGCCAAGACCACUCCUGUCCCAGUGCCAUUGUGUUCUCCCUCUUCCAGAAAACAAAAUCAAGGAGCCCUGAAGGGUUCAUUUAAAAUAAAUAAAAAAUUGGGAAUUGUGCUGAUUUGAAGGAAAGGCAGCCCCAUCCUGAGCAGGGGAGCGCAGCGCCAGCCCAGCCCCAAAGGGCAGAGAGAGAUGUGCUGAGAACUGCAGCCCUGUGCAACUUCAGCCUUUGAUCGUAUAUCUCACACGUGCCCUUUGCUUUCCCUCUGCUGAUAUUUAUUAGGUUUAAUUUUACUGGGACACGGCUGUAAGUGAGACAGAUGGAAUGGGGUCUGUGCGCCUGGUGAACACAUCUUAAUUAAACAGAUAAAUAAACUUUCAUUCCAGGAGGCUUCAGUUUCGGAGGUGCUCCUCCAGGGCUGCGGCUCUGCGGAGCUGGGCACAGCCCUGGUGCCACCACCCGUGCUGUUGGCUGGGACUGUGGCACAGCGCUGCUGGGAGCAGCAGGGUGAGAGAACGCAGCCAGUUUUGCCAGCAUGGUGUUCCCACUGGAGCUGACUGGGGACUUGGUGUCAUCUCACCUGGCCAGUGUCCCCCAGGGCUCCCCGCUGCAGAGGGACAUCUCUGCAGCCAGGCACGCGUUGGUGAUGGCAGGAGAAGGGAGAGAGGAGACUCCAACACUCCUCAGCUCCCAGAGCUGUGCCCAUUUCGCUGCUGGCUCAGGGCAGUGCCAGCACUUGUGGUGCUGCCACUGGCCAGGAAUGCCUUUGAGUCACCCUGGCCGGAGUGGCGCGGGGGAGGAUGGGCAGAUUACCUCAUCCUGGAGCCAGUUCCUGCCUCACGUGGUUUGCUUCAGUUGGGCACUGCAAGGCCAGUGUGCCAGGCUGUGCCCUGCCGUUGUCACCUCCAGGAGCUGCAGUGGAGCCAGACCAGCCCAAGGCCUUUGGCACUGCGUGUUGGCCAGCUCAGAGUGCCCCCACCCUUGCACCAGGGUCCGUGUGGUGCUUGGGUUCGUGCGGGUUCCUGGGGGAGCCCCUCUCCCCUCAACUGCCUGAAGGACUGUGAGGGGACACACUUGUCCUUUCAGAGCUGUCCCACAUCCUUCCCCAGGUGCUGGGGUACACAGGAGGACAUGGCACCCGGGGCAUGGGGGUCCCUGGGAAGGGAACCUGGAGACCAGCAGGAGAGUGGGGUUUGAGCACCAUGGUGUGCUGAAGGGGCCACUGCAUCUGUUGUGAUCCUUGGAGCUGGAAGGGGAGUGGCUGUGGUGGGCACCCACGGGGAGCAGUGCCUGGGGAUGCUGUUGGUAGCAGAUGCCACUGCUGGACCUUUUUGGUGCCUGGUACCACAAGGUGGUGGUGGUGACACAGCCUCUUCCUGGCCUGGCAUCCCCUCCCUAAUCUGGGUCCCUGCAGUCCCUUUGGAGUGGGUUCCCCCCAGUAUCAGGACACCCUGGGAGGGGCUGCCACCCCCUUGGCCUCACACAGCACAUUCUCAGGAUGGCUCUUCCGGACCUGUGUGCAGCAGGCUUUCCUGUGGCUCUGGGCUGGCCAUGCCACACACUGCUGCUCUGGAGUGUCUGCAGCAGGAGCCGUAACUGCUGCGAGUGUACCAGGAUACUGCAGCAUGUCACUCUGCCUGGGGAUACUGUGGAAAAUCCCAGCUCCAAAAGGCUGGUCGUGUGCUGGAGGCUCCGGCAGAGACAGAGCAUCAGCAGCUGCUGGCACAGCCCUGCCUUUGUGCAUCACAUUUGGCCAAGAUGGAAACUGAGCCGAGCCCAGGUUUCGUUUCCUACAUGCCCCAGCACAAUGCCAGCCUGGCAGCCUGGGCACUGCCAUGGCUCCGGAGCUGCAGCGAGGUGUGGGCACCAGGGAGGGACCCCGUGGCGGUGCCGGGGCUGCUGCGGGGCCCGGAUGGGUGGCGGUGGGACGGGACCCGAGCGAACACACGCGGCUGUCCCUCGCGGGCACUGGCACGCAGGCUAUUGCCAUGGCAGCUGUGACAGCGGCCAGUGUGGUGGGGAUGCGUCAGGGCUGCUGGCAGCGCCGCCGGGCCCUCGGAAACGCCAGAACACCUCCGGAGCUCUGCCGGGGCUGACCUCUGCCCGCCACUGGGCGCUUCUUGGGGCAGAGGGUCCCCAUCGCUCUGGGGAGCGCAGGGAAGACAGUGCCAGUGGGCAGGACCCUCGUGUCACCCCAAGGGGCAGGGGUCCCCGCAGCCCUCCGUGCCUGGGAGACUGGCGGGCGGUUGGGGGGCUCAGAGGGCCCUGCUGGGGCUCCCACAGCUUGGCAGGGUUGAGCAGCGGUGCCCGGGGCAUGCGGGCAGCAGUGAGGUGUGGCUGGUCCGGCAGGGACGGCUGCGGGGCCGUGCGGGCCGGCGGCUCCGGGAGGCGGAGCCGGGGCUGCUGCACGGCUCCCGGGCCCGGCAGCGGCGGCGUCUCGCAGCGAGAGCGUGGCGGUGCGCACGUGUGCGGCGGAGUGUGCACGGGGGAGUCCCCGGCAGCCCUGCCACCGCCGCUGCCCGCACGGCUUCCCGCGGCACCGCGCUGCAGCGCCGGAACUCCCGACCGUGCGCUCAGUGCCAGUGUCUAAUGGCCCCGAAGUGAAGAGCCAAGCGCUGCUCCGGCGGCGGCGCGGCCGGCCUGCCGCAGAUGAACCCUCCUAACUAGCGCCGAGGGGUCGGGAGGGACGGCGAGGAGGGGAGAGCCCGAGGGGCCAGCCGGGAAGACGAGGAUAGCGGUGGAUAGCAGUGUGCGGAAGAGGACGGACCCGCGAACAGCUCCACGGCUACCUGUCGACACA